AAAACCAACAACUCGCGAAGAUGUCUGUGAAAGAUUCGCAUAGAUUGUUCCUUAGAACUUUAAUGACUAGACCGUUUUUACCAGAAAGAGAAGUGAAGAGAGUUUAUCAACAGUGCUGUGAAGCUUUUGAUGAGGAUUAUUCCAGUGACCAGUUCCAACCAUUUCUGGCUAAAGUCAACAAAAUUAUUCAACCAUUGUUUCUUGAAGUUAAGGCAGGAGUAUCAGAAAACGAAGGCAUCAAAUAUUAUGCUUUGAUUAAUACGACAGAAGAUGAACACUCAAAAAUGGCAACAGACUAUACCCCAAAUGAUAUUGCAUUUUUCAAGAAAGCAAUUGACUUGAUUAUAAACUCAGAUGAUGGCAGUGUUUCAUCAAUGGAUUUAAUGAAUGUAGCUUCUGAUCUUGAGAAGAAAAUGCUGUGUACUUAUGCAGAAAAAUUACUUAAAAGAUUGGUUGAUGAUAAAUGGCUAACAGAGUCGUCAGGUAUAUACUAUCUUGGUGGAAGAGCAAUGAUUGACAUAGAUCAGUACUUAAAGAGAGAAUACAAGGAUGAUCUCAGCAAUUGUAUGAUGUGUGAUUUAUCUGCCAUACAGAGCCAAAUGUGUCAACACUGUCAAGAAAAACUACAUAAACACUGUGCUGCCAAGUAUUUCAAUGGAAGGGCUCAGAGAACUUGUCCAAAUCCUAACUGUGGUGCACAAUGGACACAUGAAGUUCCAAUCAUUGCAUCAACAAGUACUGACAGAUCUAGUUCUUCAUCAAGGCAAGCAGGACCAUCAACAAGCCAAGCUGGACCUUCAAGAAGUAGAUCAAGGCGAUCCAGAUAAUGUUUUGCACUAAGUGGUAGGACAAGACUAUUGAAAUAUGCUGUACUAAAUCAAUACACAAAAUAUAAGGAUGUUGCUGUUUUUUGAAAUUUUAUGGAAGAAUUUAUUAAAAAAGUAAAACAAGUAGAAAAACAUUUAUUAAAAACAUUUUAAAAGAUAUUAAUUUGUAUUAUUUGCACAAAGGUUCUUUCACUUCGAAUUCUUGAAAACCACAUGAGAAAAUGCAUUUCAAAUUGGAAAAAAUACUUCCUUUAUUAUUUUGUU